GUGAGUACAGCCGCGCCGAACCACAUGUGCUCGCGAGCUCGGUCGGCCUUUCCGUUCUUCCGUUCCGACGACUGUGUGUUUGCGCAUGGAGCUCCUAGGCCUUUUUGGAGCGAACGUGUGCGUUUCAUUCCGUGUUUGAAAUUGCUGCCGUGCCGGGGGUUGUCGUGCGGUCGGACACACUGUUGCUGGCACACUGCUUAGAAUGCGAAUCGGUCUCCCGGUACGCGGUACGCUUCCCAUUCUGAUGCUUCCGCUGUAGACUAAUUCCUUUCGGGGGUUUUUGAGUUUUAGUUUUGCUGUGCUCCCGUUCCUCCCCGUGCGUUCGCCAUUUACUCGCGGUUCGGUUCCGGUUCAUUUAUGUUGGAAGUUAAAACGUGUUAAUUCGGCGAGAGAUUUUCGUUUCGGAGAUUUAGUGCAAAGGUAUUAGGGAGCCGGGCGUUACGUACGUGGUACGGUUGCCAUCGCAUGCGGCUCAACGUCAGCACCGUGUUCCAGCAGCAAUAAUACCAGCAAGAGCACCAUCAAGCAGUCCCCUUUUUCCGGCACAUUCGCGUACUGGACCCCCGGACGAGAGCGAGCGCAAGAAUAGCCGCCGUACAGACACGCGUCGAUAUUAUUGCAUCAGCACGUACCACGGACCCGUGCGCCGCGCUACUUCCACCUUCUUGACGUACGCCGCCCUUUUUUGUUUGGGAAGAACGCCAAAAGAACACACGAACGCGUACGCAGCAGCAGCAUUCGGCACACAACAUGUUGCUGCCACCGUACAGCAUAAACCCGGUGCUUUUGGAUCGAAACAUUCACACGCGCUAGCUCGCCAAGUACAGGCGUGGUGCGACCGCUCUACUCACGCUCAGUGCCUUUACGAACUGCUAUGGUGCCUUUCUCGGGUUAGUGUUGUGCUUUGCGUGUGUCAGUGUCAUAGUGUGUGGUGAAAGUGUUAUCUCGUGGAGCAUAUCUCCAAAAACCCUUAUCUGUGCCGUGUAGUUCAGUAGAGCCGGCAAUCGAAGAUCUUGACGUGACGUGAUUGAGUGUAUCGAUUGAGUGUUCACGAUGGCCAAAGUCGGUGAUGUGGACAACCGGCCGGUACAGCAAGGUUUCCGGCGCGAAAGUGAUGAGGGAGGCGCGGUGGCCGGCAAGGAAGGCGGUGGCGAUGGGGGCAUCGAGAUGAAGAAGGAGCUGGGCCUGAUGGACGGUGUGGCGAUCAUUGUCGGUGUGAUUGUUGGGGCCGGUAUCUUUGUGUCGCCCAAGGGUGUGCUGCUCUACUCCGGCUCGAUUGGUGUGGCCAUCAUCGUGUGGAUAUUGUCCGGCGUGCUCAGUAUGGUGGGAGCGCUAUGUUACGCCGAGCUAGGCACGAUGAUACCAAAGUCUGGAGGCGAUUACGCAUACAUUGGCGAAGCGUUCGGACCACUGCCGGCGUUCCUGUACCUUUGGGUGGCACUGUUGAUUCUCGUCCCGGCGGGAAAUGCCAUCACGGCGAUCACCUUCGCCCAGUAUCUGCUGCAACCGUUGUGGCCCACCUGUGAGCCACCGUACGAAUCGGUGCGACUGCUGGCAGCGGUAAUAACCUGCCUGCUUACCGCCAUCAACUGUCGCAACGUUAAAUGGGUGACGCGCGUGACGGAGACGUUCACCGGGAUGAAGGUGUUGGCGCUGCUGGUAAUUACCGGUGCCGGUGCCUACCAUCUGAUGAGUGGAAACACGGAGCUACUCGAGGCCCCGUUCGCCAACUCGAAGAUACAGCCAGGAUUCAUUGCGGUCGCUUUCUAUAAUGGGCUGUUUUCGUACUCGGGCUGGAACUAUCUUAACUUUGUGACGGAAGAGCUCAAAGAUCCCUACCGAAAUUUACCCCGUGCCAUCUGUAUCAGUAUGCCGGUCGUCACCAUCAUCUAUGUCAUCACAAACAUUGCGUACUUUGCCGUGCUGCCACCAGACGAGAUGCUUUCAUCACAAGCCGUUGCGGUUACAUUUGCGGAAAAAAUGCUCAGCUUUAUGGCCUGGACGAUGCCACUGUUUGUGGCUUGCUCCACGUUCGGAUCGCUCAACGGUGCCAUCUUUGCCUCGUCACGCCUAUUCUUCGUCGGUGCCCGUAAUGGACAUCUACCGGCAGCACUUUCACUGAUCAACAUCAACUGCUUAACACCGAUUCCUUCGCUGCUCUUCUUGUGCGCUCUCACGCUGCUACUGCUCUUCAUCCGAGAUGUGUUUGCGAUCAUCAACUACGUCAGCUACGUGGAGAUUCUGUUCAUCUUUAUUUCAGUGGCAGGUCUGCUGCGGUUACGACAGAAGGCACCCGACGCUCACCGACCCAUCAAGGUCUCGCUAAUCGUGCCGGUCGUGUUCCUGCUGACGGCAGGAUUUUUGGUCAUAUUCUCCGUGUUCGAAUCACCCAUGGAGGUGGGCAUCGGCACGCUCGUAAUUCUGCUCGGUAUUCCCGUGUACUACGUUACGAUCGGAAAGCCCUGGGGUUGGCUGACCCAGAAAUCCCAAACGUUCAAUCGCUUCUGCUCCAAACUGUUCCUAUGUAUGCCCAACAGCGAAAAGCUAGACUAAUGAGUAUAAGCACAAAUCGAAAAGUCUCAAGCUCAAAUUAAUCUCACAACGCUACUACUAUUGUCGAUUACCCAUUUUGCUCACAUAUCAUCAAUACUGUGUAUAUAGACAAUACAACCAAUAGAGAGGGGGAUAAAAAAACGAAGCAACCCCUAUUGCCUUUCUCAAGCGCGUUUUCCUGCAUGUGGUGUCUCGAUAUCCUCAUAGGUGUCUCAUUAGGUGUAUUAAGAAACAGGAUAGCACAAAACACAGGCCUUUGAUAGUCAAAAUUCCUACCCCAAAUAUAGCUGCGUGCACGAUCUCUGCGUACCGAUCGUUUUAAAAAAAAUUGCUCUAGCUCAACAAUUGAUUUCAGUGUACAGGAUGGAUGCAUGAUUACCGCGAUGAAGUAAUAAGUUAAGUCAUAUUUAUCUCAUUUAUUAAAAACCGCCUCUGCCUUGCAUCAGUCUUUGUGUGAUCAAUCGCCCCGUAAAUCAUUAUUGGUCAACAAAAACCUAUUCCAAUUCCGAGAGCUUUGCUCAAACAAAUGCUAGUAUAUAAUCCAUUCGAGAUGCGCCUGCGAGGGGCCGGAGUUCGAGAACCAACAAUAACAAAAUAGAAAGAAAAAGACGUAACAGAAUAACGAAGACUGUUAUCGACUAUACUGAGUAAGGGAUUUUAUACAAUAUAUUUCGAUUUGUAAGGAAUUUGUAAUUUACACCAAUAAAACCAUCAUGUUUAAAGCGCUCUUAUC